UAAAGAAAUAUUUUGGUUGUCCAAAUGUUUGCCUCUCUAGUCUCUACACAUUUUGGUCUGUGUCAAUACAAUGUCAAAGAGAGGUUCACUAGAUUUAAAUGAGUUAUAUGUUGUAACCUUAAAAAAAAAAACGAAUUACUCACCUUCUACGUGUACCAACCUGUAUAAAUGUCUUUGUUCGUUUGAACAAAAAAGACAGAUAUUUGGAAGAAUAUUAGCAACCUUUAAUGCUACACGACAGUGUUUGCACCUGUUCAUUACUUCUGGCAGUGAUCUUGUCUCUGUUUUGUAUCUCAAAUCACAUUUGUCUUCUCUCAAACCUUGCUCUCCCUCCCUCACUCCUCCCAGUCUCUCUUUCUCUGUGCGUGUGUUUCAGUGUUCAGUUUGCGCCAGAGUUAGAGAGUUAAGUUUCUCUGUGUUUUUCUUGUCCAUGUCAUUCAUAAGUGUUGUUGUUUUGAUUUAUGCAAUUGUACUGGCUACUAUUACUUGAUUUCUUUAGCUUUAAACAAUGAAGCUCAGCAGAAGAGAGGUUCCUAUUUACGGCCAAGCAAAAGUUUUCGCUCUGAUCUCCUCGGUUCAGGAGGAAGAGGUAUUUGUGGUUCUAGAGGGAUCAACUCUACUACAUGUUUUACAAACUAGAGUUCACUCCAUGCUGUACUUCAUCGCUCCAGGUCAUAACAAAUCAGAGUCGGUGUGUGUGCGAGCGUAUACAUCUACUGAUGAUGAGGUAACGUGUGUGGGCAUGACUUUUUUAACAUACGUGGAGGACGACGCCCAGGAAUUGGCUGAAUACCUGGUAACCCAUAGCGACUGCCUCAGCACCACUGAACACAGAGAUUUAAUUUCUCGAUACGGUUUGAAUGAUAGCACUGCCCGGGCAAAGAUGGAUGAAAGGGUCACGCUUGCCCUAGCUAAUCUACACACCCCGCACAAUCUCCUCGGCCAAUCAGCACAAGAAUCUCUACUGCACAUGUGUGUGCGGCUGGGUUUUGUGACCGUCUCCGAGUUUCUUCUCUGUCAGCCUGGUGCCUUGAUGGCUAUCACCUCGGCCAAUCAGGACGGGGACACCCCCCUACAGCUGGCCCAAGAGACCAAUCAGCACACUUUGAUUAAUCUCUUCCAGCACCCACCAAAUCCAUUAGCCACACCCCUGGCAGGUGUAUCUCAGGUAUGGGUGGGCAGAUCCCACCUCCUCAGGUUUAGCCACGCCUCUGGGAUGCUGUGUCUGUCUGUGUGCGUGUCGGAGUGCACGGUCACAACACAAACCUUACAAUCAUCGAUUGUGAUUCUUCGAGAGUGCGUAAGAGACUCUGCACUUCUAAACAAGAUCAAAGGAUUGAACAGGAAUACAGAGCGAAGAACUGAAAGGAACCCGUUUUCAAUUACAGAAUCGCCAUACUCUCUGCCUCACAAUGUGUGGAUCAACAGUUCUUCUCUGGAUGAAGAUGAGGAACUUUUAUCGUCUGAUUCUCUGUCCAAUAGUUCAGAUGAACCCACAACUUACACUGACUCAACAAGCAGUUCCCUCACUGGCUCCAGCGUUACCAUAACAACCAGCAUCAAGACCCUGGAAGCUGCAGAUGAUCAGAUCUACCCUCAAGCUUCUUUAGAUUCUGAGACAGAUUCAGAGUCUGAGCCAUCUGAAACAGACUCGCCAACAUCUGACAUAUCGCCCACCUGCAGCCCGAAAGACGAGCCGUUCCCCUCCAACGAUGACGAAACAUCAGCCGAAAUGGAAAGAAUGCAGUGCAGUAAGUCCGAGGAGGAGGAGAGAGAUCAAUUCAUCCCUCCGUCCAAGAGCGAGACAGAGAAAUAUAAAGUGUGUCGAACGCUGAGCUUUCUAAGGAGCCGCAUGGUCAACACCAAAAUCAAAAACAGGGUCAAUACAGAUGUUGGUUCUGCCCUGCAUCAGCUCUGCUUCCCGCGGCAGCCUGUUAAUACAGUCUGUGAGGUGUGUGAGCAAGAUGACAAUGACCAACGCCAGCAGUGUACUUACUGCUUCAUGAUAAUGCAUACAACCUGCAGAGAUUUGGCUCCCUUGUGUUUAAAGAAUCCUACAUCACUGAAAACCACCGACUCUUCGAUGCUACUUUGCUCAUCCAGUCACAGUUCUCCAUCUCUGUUCUUGACCAACGACAACAACAUUAUGACACGCAGGAAGCGGAGUAACAGUGAGGGGUGUGGCCAUGAUGUAACAUUACGGAAAAGUUGGUCUUUGAUUGGUCAUUCAUCCGGAACAAGCCCCACCUCCGAUUCUUCUGAAUAUUCCUUUGCUCGCGUAUCCUUUGACUACACUGCUGAAUCUUGGAGUGCUGCGGUGGAUGCAGAAUUCAGUAUGGCACUCGACAAAGAGGUCAUCAAGAGACAGGAAAUCAUUUAUGAACUGAUGCAGACGGAAUUUCACCACGUCCAGACUCUCGCUGUCAUGGCUGACGUUUUAAGGCGGGGUUUGUCAGAGGAAGUGCAGCUGGAGCAGGACGUGAUUGGUCAGAUUUUCCCCAGGCUGGAUGAACUCAUGGCUCAUCAUAGAAACUUUCUUAUCGCUAUGGAGACAAGACAGUGGGCUUCUGUUUUUCCAGAAAGUCAGAGGAACUAUAUCAUCCGACGCAUCGGAGACGUUCUGUUGGAGCAGUUCUCAGGUCUGCACGGCUCUCAGAUGAUAGAGCUGUAUAGUGAUUUCUGCAGUCAGCAUCCGGAGGCACUAAAGAUUUAUAAACAGCUGCUACAGAGUAACAGGAAACUACAGUUGUUCCUUAGACAGCAAAGUACUAACUCUGUCAUCAAACGACGUGAAAUCCCAGAAUUCCUUUUGCUUGUCACGCAGAGAAUCACAAAGUAUCCUGUUCUGCUGGAGAGACUGCUUCAACACACAGAGCAAGAUGGCAGCGCUGAGAGGUAUGAAGUAACAGUGGCAUUAGAGGCCCUGCGCGGAGUGAUAGAGGAGGUGGAGCGACGCGUGGGUGAACACGAGCGUUCGAAGAAACUGCAAGACAUCAUCAAUCGCCUAGACAAUAAAAGCUGCACUCGUAUGAAGAACGGCGAGCUCUUCAGUAAACAAGACCUGCAGAAAACUCACCGUAGUCUAAUGCAUUCGGCCGUGCUCACAUGCAGGACCACCUCUGGCAGAUUGAAAGAUGUUCACGGUCUGCUCCUCACCGAUGUUCUGGCUUUCCUCCAGGAGAAAGAGCAGAAGUUUGUCUUUGCUGCGUUGGAGCAGAAACCAUCUGUGAUGCCUCUACAGGGACUCAUAGUGAGAGAGAUAGCCAAUCAGGAGAGAGGAUUAUUUUUGAUCAGUAGCGAGUGCUCUGCAGGGCCAGAGAUGUAUGAGAUACACACACAGACCCGCGAGGAGCGAAACACCUGGAUGUCGCUGCUGAGACAGGCCGCUGAAAGCCUACCCGAUGAUCAGAUCAAGAAGACAGAGGGGGAGAUCAAGGUCAAGAAAAUACAGAAGUUACAAGAGGCACUGUUCUCUUUAGAUCUGCAGCUGUGCUCUGUUAUCGAGGAGAAGUUAAGGAUCUGUAGAGGAACUGGUAGAUGGAAUCUGGCUACCUGUCGGCUGCAUGUCCAGCCCCACCCUGAAAACACUCCUCAGGGUAUCACACUGCUAUCUGAUGCACAGGGAGAAGUGGUGAAGUUGGCCAUCACUUUAUUGUCUUGGCUGUUCCCAUUCAUUUGGUCAUCAGGUAACCAUGACAACUUUGGCCAGGACACAGUGGCAAGUAACAAACCGAGUAUCCCUAGUAAGGCCAGAAGAUGUGCUCUGGUAGAAUCAGGGGUGGGGCCUCUCGCUAUAUCGCCAAUAAGCCCCGCCCACCAGACUUAUGCAAAGGUAGCGGAGGGUGUUCACAGCUUAAUCCAUAUACUAUAUAGUCUGCAGGCUGCUAUAAUAAUCCAGGACAGCUGCUUUGAAGUUCAAAAACUCCUCCUCCUGGAGGGAGAAGCUCUACCCACAAGUCCCAUCAGUGAUUAUGAUGUCAGAAAGAGUUUGGCCACAGAUGGUGUAGUGGGUGGAACUGCGGGCGUGCGACAGAAAGAACUGGAGAGGAGAGAGAGGGAGCACACUGAACUCGUGAACAGACUGAUGAAAGAAAGAGAGCAGUAUGAGGAGGAGUUGAUGGAGUUUGAAAAGAUGGUCGAAGAGCUGAGAAAGGAGGAAAAGACGGUGGAGGAGGAGAGGAGGAGAUUAGGGGAAGAGGGGAAAAGAGCGAUGAAGGACAGGAAGCGUCUGGAGACCCAGCUGAGACGCAUUCAACACAAUUCAAACGGUCGCCAGAGAGAUCUGAAGUUUGUUACAUCACAGGAGAAAUGAUGUGUGAUGAUGUGUCUGCAGUCGUGUUAUUCAUUGUUUACAACACUAGACUCCCACAACACAAGACCUAAACCAAGACUAGAUCACUCGAGGCCCAGUUCCAGACCCAACGAAGAUCAAACCCUCUUUCUCCAAAAGCAUCUGAGUGGUGGGAUUACUGGAUGAACACUGAUAUAUUUUUAACCUGGUGAAUUACUGAUGACAGCAUCUGUGCUCAUACAAAAGUCUUUUACCAUUGUCACUCUGUUUGCCAACAAAUGUUUAACAUAUUCGCACAUCGCAUGAAUAAUUCUUAAAAUUUGAUUUACAAAUGACACACAAAAACCACACAAUGAUUUUGAAAACACGUGGCAACUCUGUAGAAAGUCCGUAUAAUCAUGUUUGAGAACCAAAGCACCAUCUUUGUUAUCUAUUUG